AUGUUAUCAUUAUAUUUUAUUGGACCACAAAUGAUAAUGGCUAUUGGAACACCAUUGUUUGUAUCAUUGUAUUUUGGAGCAGCUGCAUUUUCAAGUCUUGUCUAUGUUGGUUUGGAGAAAAGAGCAAUGGAAAAGGAUAGAUGGCAUCGUCCAACCUAUGGAUUAGGUGCAUCUGGUGCUAUUAGUGGUGUCAUGGUAACAUUUGCAGCCCUAUGGCCAAAGGCUACAUUUAUGAUCUAUGGUAUAGUCCCUGCACCAGCAUGGUUACUUGUUGGAGGGUAUUUGGCUUAUGACGCCUACAAGGAAUACUAUAAAAAUCAACAUACCUCCAAAGUCGCUCAUUCUGCUCAUCUUGGUGGUGCCCUUUAUGGAGGUUUAUUCUAUUUAUUCCUUCGUAAAAAAUUAUUAUAA